AUGUCUUCGGAGUCGUACGUCAAAGAUGACCAUCCGGAUCGAAUAGGCCCGGAGACAACGCCUAAGCGAUCCUGGAGCGACCGCGGAACAGGUCUUGUCAAGGCCUUCACUAGCAAAGACGGAUGGAUCGGCGACUACGACUAUGCGUUCCUCUUCAAGCCCAACAUUCCAUUCCUCAAGCAGGAGAGGCGAGCAGCACCAUUCUUCGGCCUCAAUGACCGAAUGCCCGUCUUUCUUGCCCUGCUCCUCGGAUUUCAACAUGCCCUAGCUAUGCUCGCGGGAGUCAUCUCUCCGCCCAUCAUUCUUGCCUCAGCUGCGAAUCUCAAUGGGAACAUGCAGUCAUACCUGGUCAGCACGUCUCUUAUCGUCAGCGGAAUUCUUUCGGCGAUACAAAUCACUCGAUUUCACAUCUGGAAGUCCCCAUACUAUGUCGGCACUGGCCUGAUUUCUGUCGUCGGGACCUCCUUCGCUACCAUCACGGUCGCUUCUGGAGCUCUGAGUCAGAUGUAUGCGACUGGGUAUUGUCCUACAGACGCUAGUGGGAACCAGUUGCCUUGCCCGGAUGGAUAUGGUGCAAUCCUUGGCACCCAGUGUUGCUGUGCGCUUCUCGAGGUCUUGAUGUCGUUUCUUCCUCCUAAAACUCUCAAGAGGCUGUUUCCACCACUUGUUACUGGACCGACGGUGCUUCUCAUCGGAGUGAGCUUGAUUUCUAGCGGCUUUGAGGAUUGGGCAGGGGGCUCUGGUGAUUGCAUGGCACGGCCUUCGACAGGCAUGUACAGGCUUUGCCCGACUGUCAGCGCGCCACAUGCACUUCCAUGGGGAAGUGCUGAGUUCAUUGGUAUGUCGUGAAGUGUGACCUUGAGAAGCCCAAUGCUGACGUGUUCUAGGGCUCGGGUUCCUCGUCUUCUUGACUAUCAUCCUAUGCGAGCGCUUUGGCUCUCCCAUCAUGAAGAGCUGUGCCGUAGUGAUCGGUCUACUCGUGGGCUGCAUUGUCGCUGCGGCAUGCGGCUACUUUGGUAAGUUGCAUCAAGAAGCGUCGUAUGAUAGUAUAACACGUAUUCUGACCCGGCGCAGACCGCUCUGGUAUCGACGCCGCUCCUGUGGGCAGCUUCAUCUGGGUUCAUACUUUUAAGCUAAGCGUGUAUGGUCCCAUCGUCCUGCCGCUUCUAGCUGUGUACAUCGUGUGCGCGAUGGAAGCGAUCGGUGACAUUACGUGAGUCAACUUCAGGGUCAAGGCUGCAGUAAAGAUACUGACGGGGUGGACGAUAGGGCUACCUGCGACGUGUCUCGACUCCAAGUUGACGGCCCAAUGUUCGACAGCCGCAUUCAGGGCGGUGUCCUCGCCGAUGGUCUCAACAGCAUUGCUGCUGGGCUUUGCACAAUCACUCCAAUGUCGACUUUCGCACAGAACAACGGAGUCAUCGCUCUGACGAGAUGCGCGAAUAGGAAAGCUGGCUACGCAUGCUGCUUCUGGCUAAUCAUUAUGGGCAUACUGGCGAAGUUCGCGGCAGCUUUGGUGGCUAUCCCGAAAGCUGUUCUUGGAGGGAUGACGACCUUCCUUUUCGCGGGUGUGGCAUCAAGCGGUAUCCGCAUCAUCUCGACGAUGCCGUUCACACGCCGCAAUCGCUUCAUCCUCACAGCUUCUCUCGCUGUUGGCUUUGGCGCCACUCUGGUACCGACCUGGUUCAGCUAUGUCUUCACUUACGCUGGCGACAACCGCGCUCUGCUCGGCUUCAUGAACGCGAUUGAGUUGGUCAUGGAGACUGGUUUCGCUGUCACGGCUUUCGUUUCCCUUCUCCUCAACUUGAUCCUGCCUGAAGAGGUCGAGGAUGAGGAGACGCCGGAGCUACUCGCGAAUAAUGCGGACGAUGCCGAUGACCAGGAAGAAUGGGCCAAGAUCAGGAAUCAGUCGCAUGCUCCAGGGAACGCAGAGCAAGUGAAGACAUGA